GUACGGUCGUAAAGAAAUUUUUUCGAAAAGUUUGUUUUACGGAUUGUCAGGAAAUAGGGGAAGAGAGAAGAGGAGAGAGAGAGAGAAAGCAAUUCAUCGAAUGGAAAAGGCGUCGUCACUUCUCUUCGCCGGAACCCACUUCGACCGGAAGCGCUUCGGCUCCGACAUCGCCCGCUUCAAGCCGCCGCCGCCGCCGCCGCCUCCGGAGGAUGCCAGAAAAGAAGAAGCAGAGCCGCCGGGGUCGCCGGAGAAGAAGGAGAAGAAGAGGAAGCGGAAGGACAAAUCCUCCGCUUCCGCGGAGAUCGUCGAGGGUUUCAACGUGUUCGGGUGCUCUGGAUCCGUUUCUUCUGUGAGAAACCCUAGAUCCGGGGAAGCGGAUGGCUCUAAUACUCAUAGGAAGGAAGUGGCAAGGGAGAUCGAGAGAGCUUCGAUUCUGCGGAAGAAGCAUGGGAUUCAUAUUUCAGGUUAUAAUGUUCCUGCACCGCUUGAGAGUUUUGAAGAACUGAGUUCAAGGUAUGGCUGCAAAUCCAAGUUGUUGCAGAACUUAUCUGGACUUGGAUUUAAAGAACCUACACCUAUUCAAAGGCAGGCUAUUCCAGUGCUCCUCUCAAGGCGAGAGUGCUUUGCCUGUGCUCCAACAGGUUCUGGCAAGACAUUGGCUUUUCUAUCUCCAAUCCUUAUGAAAAUUAAGCCAGGAACUAAGGAUGGUGUAAAAGCUGUGAUUCUUUGCCCUACGCGAGAAUUAGCUGCACAAACUACAAGAGAGUGUAAGAAGUUGGCUAAAGGAAGGAAAUUUUAUAUCAAAUUAAUGACUAAGGAGCUAUCUCGAUCUGGUGAUUUUGAAAAAAUGCAUUGCGACAUUCUUGUUUCAACUCCACUGCGGUUGGACUUUGCUUUGAGGAAAAGAAAGCUCAAUUUAAGUAGGGUGGAGUACCUUGUCUUGGAUGAAUCAGAUAAGCUAUUUGAGCUUGGAUUUGUUGAGCAGAUUGAUUCUGUUGUUAAAGCUUGCUCGAAUCCUUCAAUUAUUCGUUCUUUAUUCAGUGCCACCUUGCCUGAUUCUGUUGAAGAACUUGCGCGUUCAAUAAUGCAUGAUGCAGUUCGAGUCAUUGUGGGUAGAAAGAAUUCUGCUUCCGAGUUGAUCAAGCAAAAACUGGUUUUUGCUGGAAGUGAGAAGGGAAAGCUUCUUGCACUUCGUCAAAGCUUUGCUGAAUCUCUAAAUCCUCCAGUAUUGGUGUUUGUUCAAAGCAAAGAAAGAGCAAAGGAACUGUACAAGGAGUUAGCAUUUGAUGACAUUAAAGCUGAUGUGAUUCAUGCGGACCUCACUCAGCAGCAGCGAGAAGAUGCUGUCGACAACUUUAGAGCAGGAACGACGUGGGUUCUGAUAGCAACUGAUGUCAUUUCACGUGGCAUGGACUUUAAGGGCGUCAAUUGUGUUAUAAACUACGAUUUUCCCGAGUCAGCUGCGGCUUAUAUUCACCGGAUAGGUAUGCAAUGUGACUCAUAAUCCUUAUGCUCUUCC